CUGGACACUUCCAGCUGUGUGACAUUGAUGAGAGGUGACAGAACAGCAAACAGUGCACAGGUUUGAUUUCUGAACUUUCAAAAAUGGCACGUCAAAUCCUGUGGCCUCUGCUACUUUUGGGGAUGAUGACUUUGGGGACUCCUCAGACUACAAGUUUGAGGACUACUUGGCCUCAAACUACAACGCCAACACCGCCUACAACUACAACGCCAACACCGACUACAACUACAACGACAACACCGACUACAAGAGCUACAACGGCACCACAGGCUCGAAGACCCCUUUACCCAAUUAAUGGAAGAACAAGCUCUCGAUCAGAUGAUGGAAGUUCACCUCGAAUUCCCCUGCAACGAGCUUUUGUUUACUUUGGACAGUCACAUAAUCAGAUCUAUGUGAACCACAAUGGACACCUGACCUUUAAUGCUGCAUGGAAUCGUUACUCACCUCAACGGUUUCCACUACGUGGAUCCAGAGAUUUUAUCGCUCCAUUCUGGACAGAUUUGGAUAACCGAGGAAAUGGUCAGAUCUACUACAACCAAUAUACCAGUGGCAGUGUCCUCCAACAAGCUACACGGGACAUUAAUACCUACUUCCCAUCACUGCGCUUUAAUGCCAACUGGGUCUUUGUUGCUACAUGGUAUGAGGUGGCCUACUUUCCAAUAAGUGGCACGCGAACAACAGUGCAAGCAGUCUUGAUCUCUGGUGGCAGUUACUCAUUUGUGUUGAUGAACUACGGUCAAAUAGCAGCAACAAGCCGCAUUGUACAGGCUGGAUAUGACACGGCCCAUUCUCCUCACCAUCUCACCAUCCCAGGAUCAUUCAGUGGAAAUGCAAGAGUUUUUCAGUCUGGCCUUAGCUUAAAUGGUUAAAUAGUAACAGAAGCCUCAGCCUUUCAAAUAACCUUUAUUUUUAUUUCUCUCAAAGGGAGUCCUGUGCAGGUUGGAGACUCAUUCUGGAGUGAUGGAACCUGCGCACAGAAGUGCACCUGCACCAGAGCAGGCCUGCAGUGUUUCAGGCAACCCUGCUCCUUUUCACAAAUCUGUCGUCGUGCUUCAUUUAAGUUCUCCUGCCAGACGGUGCAGAGAAGUACCUGCACCGUUAGUGGUGAUCCACAUUACCGCACCUUCGAUGGCAGAGUGUUUCACUUUCAAGGUACCUGCACUUAUGUUCUCUCAGAACAAUGUGGUCGUGGGCUGCCGUACUAUCGAGUAGAGGGCAAGAACGAGAACCGUGGCAGUACACGAGUCUCUUGGACACGACUGGUGAAAGUGUUCGUAAACAAUGAAACUAUCGAGCUCGUCAAAGGACAUCGUGGUGAGGCUAAGGUCAAUGGAAGUUAUGCUGCUAUUCCAUUCUCCCUGAGCAAUGGUUCUGUCCAGGUUUACCAGUCAGGUUUUUCUCUGGUCAUCAGUACUAACUUUGGCUUGGUGGUUUCUUACGACGCAUAUCAUUAUGUCAGGAUCAGCGUACCCCACACUUACCAAAAUGCAACCUGUGGCUUAUGUGGGAGCCUCAAUAACAACCCCAGGGAUGACUUUAAAACUCGCCAAGGUGCCAUUGUGAGCUCUGAUGUGGUAUUCGCCCAGAGUUGGAAAGCACCAGGAGAUGAUGAGCGCGGAUGUGGGAUCCGAUGCAGAGGCCUGGACUGUGCUGACUGUACUGCACAGCAGACAGCUUUAUACAGCAAUGCAGACCAUUGUGGUAUCCUCCAGAGACGGUCUGGACCUUUUGCCGCCUGCCAUCAACGACUUCCCCCACAGACCUUUGUGGACAAUUGUGUGUAUGAUCUCUGUGUAGGAGGAGGGUACCAGCCCAUUCUGUGUCAAGCACUACAUGUUGCUUGCAGGUCAGAGUGUCAGCAGAAUGGUAUCCAGCUGCCAAUGGAGGAGAUCAAAUUCUGUGGUAUAAAUCCCUGCCCAGCUAACAGCCACUUUGAGUCCCAAGGCUGGGAUGUCCAGCUACCUGUCAAUCCCAAUUCCACCCACAGCUGCCCUCUCCUGCCCAGAGGCUGCAUCUGCAAUUCGGGCUACAUCCUCAGUGCUGGGGUCCCAGCUGUCCCUCGUACUCAGUGUGGCUGCAGCUUUGAGGAUCGUUACUACAGCUCUGGACAAACUGUGAUACUUGACAAUAACUGUAAGAGACGUUGUAGCUGCAGUUUUGGCCGCAUGACUUGUCGUUCACAUAGUUAGUCCCACUUGAGUCCUGCAGGAGGAGGGAGAAGAGGGUGUAGACCUAACAGCUAUGCAACAUGCUGGACAAGGGGACCAGGGUCAUAUCAAACAUUUGAUGGACUGAUGUACCAGUAUCCUGGGGUAUUGACUCUUGCCAAAGUGAUGGGAUUGUGCUCCACCCACUUUGUGGUGACAGCAGAAAAAGUACCCAGAGGCCCUGGAUUUGCCAGGUUGCUAAAGUUUGAGGGAGGAACACAAGUCUCAUUAAGGAUGGCCAACAGCAGCACGGUUCAGGUGGACGGUCAGCGGAUCAGACUACCUUUCAGCUCAGCAUCCAACCGAAUCCAAAUCUACCACAGCAGCAUUCACAGUAUCAUCAUUCGCACGUCCUUUGGUGUGACCGUGCAGACAGUCUGGCCUCACUUUGUGCGUGUCACUGCACCUGAGUGUCUAGCGUUCCUAGGUGGACUCUGUGGUAACUACAAUGGUCACUCACAUAAUGACUUCCGCACACCCAGCUGCUUGUUCCAGUGUAGCUCUCAGGUCUUUGGAGACAGCUGACCGGCUCCCCUCGCUGCACACUGUGUAGAAAGUGUAAAUCGUAAUUCUCCAACAAAUUACAACUCCAGUAAAGUACUAUAGAAUCAUUGGCUCAAGAGAGGGCCGUUUACCCAGUGUUGGGCAACGGUAGACCCAGGGCCGCAUGUGGAAGUGUGCAUGGAGAUCCUGGGAGGCUCUAGUGAUCCCAGCAUCCACACUUUGCUUGAGGUCCUACGGGAUUAUGCACUGAUUUGUCAGCAGAGGGUCGCCUUGCCACACUGGAGGAAUGCAACGGGCUGUGGUAAGCACUUUCCUCCUGUUUAGCGCUAUGAACUUUGUGAAACCGCUUGUCCUUCCACUUGCCCCAGCCUCUCUUUCCCAUUCACCUGUGACACUGUGUGCCGAGGUUGCCAGUGUGAUGAUGGACUUGUCCUCAACGGCAACCAGUGUGUGCCGCAACAUCCUGCCGGAUGCCAUCACAAUGGACGCUAUCGGCAAGGUGGAGAACAGUUCUGGGACAGUGAAGAAUGUCAGAGCUCGUGUUCCUGUAAUGGCACAACUGGAGUUGAGGUGCACUGUAGUCCCAGCUCCUGUGGUCCCCAGGAGUCCUGCCGUGUGGUGGGGGGCGAGUUUGGCUGCCAUCCCAACCCUCAUGGCACCUGCUCUGCCUCUGGAGACCCCCAUUACCUCACAUUUGAUCGCAAGGCCUUUGACUUCCAGGGAACCUGCCGAUAUGUUCUUGCAACCCUCUGUAAUGACACUGAUGGAGUUCAAUUUUCAGUGGAGGCUAAGAAUGAGCCGUGGAAUGGGAGGACAGUUUCAAUCACAGCUGAGGUUUUUGUAGAUGUAUUGGGUUACCGACUGCGUGUGUCAGAGCACAACAGAGGAGUGUGGUAAGUUAAUGGAAUAAUUAACAAUCUGCCAAUUCUGUUAAUUGGAAAUGUGUCAAUCUUUGCAAGUGGAUCACGCACAUUUAUCAAUGCUGAUUUUGGCCUCAGCGUCUCAUACGAUGGAUGGAGCACAGUGUACAUCUCGGUGCCAUCACAUUACAGAGGAAAAACAUGUGGACUUUGUGGAAACUUCAAUGGAAAUCACAGUGAUGACUUCCGCACCCCAUCUGGAGCAAUAGUCCCCACUCCAGGUGAGUUUGGAACAUCUUGGAAGGUGGCAGGAAACUACACCUGCAGCGAUGGCUGUAGUUCCUCCUGCCUCGGUGUGCCGAUGAAGCGCCCUGCUAGAGCUCAGUGUGGAAGUGGUCAAGCAGCUGGGCCCUUCAGCUUCUGCCACGGGGAAGAACCGGCGCCAUAUUUCAACGACUGUGUGUUUGGCGUUUGUGUGUCGAAAUAUAGUCAAGAUCUUGUGUGCAGGGCCAUUCAAACAUGUCAGUGCCUGUCCAGUCUGCAAUGUUGAAUCUACCCUUGGAGACAGAACACCACCUGCAGACUUAGCUGUCCAGUCAGCAGCCAUUAUGAGCUGUGUGGUACCAGCUGUGGCCACACCUGUGCCAACAGCGUUGAUGCCACCUGUAGCAGGCAGGUUUGCUCUGAGGGAUGUUUCUGUGAUGAGGGGUUCGUCAGGAGUGGGACGAGGUGUGUCCCAGUGGAAAACUGUGGCUGCCAAUAUGACGGCUUCUACUAUGAUGCGGGUGAGUCCUUCUGGACAGACGGCUGCUCCCAGAAAUGUAAAUGUCAUGCUCCAAACGACCUGCGCUGCUCUGCUGCAUCUUGCACGCCUGCACAACAGUGCACCAUCAGAAAUGGAAAGCUGGGCUGUUUCAGUGCAAUGGCCAUUUGCACCGUGUGGGGGGAUCCACAUUACUACACCUUUGAUGGGGCACUGGCUCAUUUCCAGGGCACUUGCUCUUACACCAUCACUGAGAGUGUUGGCAACAGGACCAGUGGAACCCAAUUUCUAGUAGCUGCCACCAAUAAUCACCGUGGCAACAACCGCGUGUCAUAUGUGUCAGCAGUGGAUAUAUUCCUCUCAAACCAAACAGAGAGAGUGAAUCUGAGGAUUGGACCAAAUAAGAGAGUAACGGUAAAUGGAAGUGUGGUUUCUCUUCCAACCCCCAGAGGAGCUCUAGCUCACAUUGUGAGGCAGGGAAGCUACAUAGUGGUCGUUGCCAAUGACCUGAUGGUCCAUUUUGACGGCACCAGUACCUUAGUGGUCAGAAUCGGCCAAAAUCAUCAAAACAAAGUCACUGGGAUGUGUGGAAAUUUCAACAAUGAUCCUGCAGAUGACAAAUUCUUGCCCAAUGGCACACUGGCACAAAAUGACAAUGAGUUUGGACACAGCUGGAAGGCACCGACAAGCCAAUCAGGAUGUGGAUCAACUGAUGAAAGGAUCGAUGAUGGAUUGAACAACUGCAUCUAUAGGGAAGAAUACACUGAGCUGUGCAGCAUCAUCACCAACACCAGCGGCCCAUUCAGCGACUGCCACUCCCACUCUGACCCUCAGCCAUUCUUCACUUCCUGUGUCUAUGAUCUCUGCCUCUACACUCCAGCCAAUGGCAUGCUGUGCUCUGCCAUCUCAGCCUAUGAGAGAACCUGCACCGUUUUGGGGUUGAACAUCUCUGAGUGGCGUCCGGCUUUGCAAUGUGCCACAUCCGACCCGUGUGAAGAGCUGAACUGCACAGAGUAUGAGUGGUGUGGUCAGAAGGACGGGGUUUACGGCUGCUUCUGUGAUGAACACCACCAUCGGCGCAAUAACGAGAGCUACGAGACACAUUUUAUUUCUAACUCUCUCUCAUGAACAAAUCCAUCUCUUGCAUCGGUAGUGCGAGGCACCAUGUCCGUGUCCAUGUCUAGCUCUUUAGGCCCCGGCCUUCACUACGCCCUCCAUCUCAAAGAGGAGUCCUGUAAAGGUGCUCUUCAGAAUGGACGACUGGUGUUCGACUUCAACAACAACGAGCGUCACUGCGGCACGGUCCUCAAGAGCAAUGGAACCCAUUUCAUCUAUGAGAAUACCAUCCAGGGCGAUGUGGACCCUCAUGAUGGACUAAUCAGCCGCCAGAGGAACAUCCAUCUGCUCUUCUGCUGUGUCUACCCUCUGACUCAGGCCGUGUCUAUGGAUGUGGGCAUUAAUCCUGUAGAGAGCAUUGUGAGGAAGAAGCUUCCAGCUGGCCAAGGGGAGUAUCACAUGAGGAUGAUCCCCUACCAGGAUGCUGGCUUCCGCCACCCCUUCACCAGCAACAGGAAUGUUGAAAUGGAAAUAGACCAGAGAUUGUAUGUGGCGGUGCGCACGGAAGGAGUCGAUCAGCGGCAGAUCUCCACUGUUUUGGACUCUUGUUGGGCCACGCCAGUCAACCAGGAGACCUACCCUGUUCGCUGGGAUCUCAUCAGUUCAGAGUGCCCUAAUGAAGAGGAUGGGACAGUAAAACUGAUUGAGAAUGGCAACUCCACUGUGGCUCGUUUCUCCUUCAGGAUGUUCACAUUUUCCAACUUUUCUUCCAUUUACCUGCACUGCCGGGUUCACCUGUGUCUUCUGAGAAACAACAACUGCACAGCUGUGAGUUGUAUUAAAAAUAUAUGGUGGCUGGCUAAAGGAUAUGUCAUAAACCCCUACUCAGCAAUGUUAGGGGUCAGCUUUUCCUGGCGGCAUAUCAAGGGAGACAAGCUCUGCCCCAGGCCUGUUGACUCCGCUGGUUUGGGGACUCCUCAGGUUGUGAGACCCCUUUACCCAAUAUCUGGAACUUUAAGUCCUGCAUCAGAUGAUGGAAGUUCUCCACGGAUUACUCUGCAGAGACCUUUUGUCUAUUUUGGACAGACAUAUAAUUACAUUUAUGUCAACCAGAAUGGACAUCUGACUUUUACAGCUGCAUUAGGUACUUUCACGCCUCAAAGGUUUCCAAUGCAUGGUUCCAGAGACAUCAUCGCUCCAUUCUGGACCGAUUUGGACAACAGGGAACAUGGUCACAUCUACUACAACCAGUACACCAGUGGCAGUGUCCUCCAACAAGCUACACAGGACAUCAAUACCUACUUCCCAAGCAUUAACUUCAAUGCCAACUGGGUCUUUGUUGCAACGUGGUAUGGGGUGGCCUACUUUCCAAACUCAGGAACAAGCACCACUGUCCAAGCCGUGUUGAUCUCUGGAGGCCAGUAUUCAUUUGUCAUGAUGAACUAUGGGAUAAUAGCCUCAACCUCGAAAUCUGUGCAGGCUGGCUAUGAUACAAUUAGCUCUGCUCACCAUUCCACCAUUCCCGGGUCAUUCACUGGCGCCGCAACAGGCAGUAGCUCAUAUUUCCGCCUGAGAAGCAAUGUGAAUGUACCCGGUCGCUGGGCCUUCCGGACAGACCAUGGAUCCAGAGGCUGCACUUUUAACGGUGAACCUGUGCAACUUGGAGACUCAUUCUGGAGUGACAGAACCUGCGCACAGAAGUGCACCUGCACCAGAGCAGGGCUGCAGUGUUUCAGUCAACCCUGCUCCUUUUCCCAAAUCUGCCGCCCAAGUGCCUUUCAGUUCUCCUGCCAGACGGUGCAGAAAGGCACCUGCACCGUGAGCGGUGAUCCACAUUAUACUACUUUCGAUGGCAAAAGGUUUCCCUUUCAAGGUGCCUGCACUUAUGUUCUGUCGGAACAAUGUGGUCAUGAGCUGCCGUACUAUCGAGUAGAGGUCAAGAACGAGCAUCGGGACAGUACACGAGUCUCUUGGACAGGAUUGGUUAAAGUGUUCGUGUACAAUGACACUAUUGAACUUCUGAAGGGACAUCAUGGUAAAGCCAAGAUAAAUGGAAAUUUUGUGGCCACUCCGCUUUACCUCAAUAAUGGAACUGUCCAGGUUUACCAGUCAGGUUUUUCAGUGAUCGUCAGUACGGACUUUGGCUUGGAGGUUUCUUAUUACACAAGUUUGUUUGUCAGAAUCCAGUUGCCCUACACCUACCAGAAUGCAACUUGUGGCCUAUGUGGAAACUUCAAUAACAACCCCAGGGAUGACUUUAAAACUCGCCAAGGUGAAAUCGUGAGCUCUGAUUUGGUAUUUGCCAACAGUUGGCAGGCAUUAGAGGAUGAUGAGCCUGGAUGCGAGGCACAAUGUGAAGGACAGGACUGUGCUGCCUGCACUGAACAGCAGACAGCUUUAUACAGCAAUGCAGACCAUUGUGGUAUCCUCCAGAGCAGUUCUGGACCUUUUGCCGCCUGCCAUCAACUACUUCCCCCACAGACCUUUGUGGAAAAUUGUGUGUAUGAUCUCUGUGUAGGAGAAGGGUACCAGCCCAUUCUGUGUCAAGCCCUAAAUGUUUACGCAAGUCAGUGUCAGCAGAAUGGUAUCCAGCUGCCAAGCUGGAGGAGAUCAGGAUUCUGUGAAAUCCCCUGCCCAGCCAACAGCCACUUUGAGUCCCAAGGCACAGGAUGUCCAGCUACCUGUGUCAAUCCCAAUUCCACCCACAACUGCCCUCUCCCUGCCCAGGAGAGCUGCAUCUGCAAUUCAGGCUACAUCCUCAGUGCUGGGGUCUGUGUCCCUCAUGCUCAGUGUGGCUGCAGCUUUGAGGAUCGUUACUACAGCUCUGGACAAACUGUGAUACUUGACAAUAACUGUGGAAGACGUUGUAGCUGCAGUUUUGGCCGCAUGACUUGUCGUUCACAUAGUUGUAGUCCCCUUGAGUCCUGCAGGGUCGAGGAGGGAGAAAGAGGGUGUAGACCUAACAGCUAUGCAACAUGCUGGACAAGGGGACCAGGGUCAUAUCAAACAUUUGAUGGACUGAUGUACCAGUAUCCUGGGGCGUGUCGCCUGACUCUUGCCAAAGUGAUGGGAUUGUCUGCUCACACCCACUUUGUGGUGACAGCAGAAAAAGUACCCAGAGGCCAACACGGUUUUGCAAGGUUGCUAAAGUUUGAGGCAGAAGGAACACAAGUCUCCAUUGAGAUGGCCAACAGCAGCACGGUUCAGGUGGACGGUCAGCGGAUCAGACUACCUUUCAGCUCAGCAUCCAACCGAAUCCAAAUCUACCACAGCAGCAUUCACAGUAUCAUCAUUCGCACGUCCUUCGGUGUGACCGUGCAGACAGUCUGGCCUCACUUUGUGCGUGUCACUGCACCUGGUGUCUACAACGGUUCCCUGGGUGGACUCUGUGGUAACUACAAUGGUCACUCACAUGACGACUUCCGCACACCCAAUGGCAUUCCGGUCAACAGCUCUCAGGUCUUUGGAGACAGCUGGCGAGACGGCUCCCUCGCUGCACACUGUGUAGAAAGUGUAAAUAAUAAUUCUACACCAAAUUACAACUCCAGUGAGUACUGUGGAAUCAUUGGCUCAAGAGAGGGGCCGUUUACCCAGUGUUGGGCCAUGGUAGACCCAAGGCCGCAUGUGGAAGUGUGCAUGGAGAUCCUGGGAGGCUCUAGUGAUCCAGCAUCCACACUUUGUGAGGUCCUACGUGAUUAUGCACUAAUUUGUCAGCAGAAGGGCGUCGCCUUGCCACACUGGAGGAAUGCAACGGGCUGUGAUCAAACCUGCCCUCGAAACAGCCGCUAUGAACUUUGUGAAACCGCUUGUCCUUCCACUUGCCCCAGCCUCUCUUUCCCAUUCACCUGUGACACUGUGUGCCAGGAGGGUUGCCAGUGUGAUGAUGGUUUUGUCCUCAAUGGCAACCAGUGUGUGCCACCAACAUCCUGCGGAUGCCAUCACAAUGGACGCUAUCGGCAAGGUGGAGAACAGUUCUGGGACAGUGAAGAAUGUCAGAGCUCGUGUUCCUGUAAUGGCACAACUGGGUUAGUGCACUGUAGUCCCAGCUCCUGUGGUCCCCAGGAGUCCUGCCGUGUGGUGGGGGGCGAGUUUGGCUGCCAUCCCAACCCUCAUGGCACCUGCUCUGCCUCUGGAGACCCCCAUUACCUCACAUUUGAUCGCAAGGCCUUUGACUUCCAGGGAACCUGCCGAUAUGUUCUUGCAACCCUCUGUAAUGACACUGAUGGACUUCACCAUUUUUCAGUGGAGGCUAAGAAUGAGCCAUGGAAUGGGAUGCCAGUUUAAAUCACAGCUGAAGUUUUUGUGAAUGUGUGGGGCUACCGACUGCAUAUUUUAAGGGAGAGAAGGGAUGUGGUUCAAGUCAAUGGAGUAAACAGAAAUUUACCUAUUCUCUUAAAUGGAAGUCAUGUGUCUAUCUAUGCAAGUGGAUCUCGUGUAUUUGUCAGUGCUGAUUUUGGCCUGAGUGUCACUUACGAUGGAUCUAGUACAGUGUUCAUCUCUGUACCUGCCAGUUACAGAGGAAAAACAUGUGGACUUUGUGGAAACUUCAAUGGAAAUCAAAGUGAUGACUUCCGCACCCCAUCUGGAGCAAUAGUCCCCACUCCAGGUCAGUUUGGAACAUCUUGGAAGGUGGCAGGAAACUACACCUGCAGCGAUGGCUGUGGUUCCUCCUGCCCUCAGUGUACCGAUGAGCGCCCUGCUAGAGCUCAGUGUGAAGUGAUUCAAGCAGCUGACGGCCCCUUCAGCUUCUGCCACGAGGAAGUGGACCCGGCGCCAUAUUUCAACGACUGUGUGUUUGACGUUUGUGUGUCGGGAAAUGCGGGUGAAGAUCUUCUGUGCAGGGCCAUUCAAGCUUAUGUCAGUGCCUGUCAGUCUGCUAAUGUUCAAAUCUACCCUUGGAGAGAGAACACCACCUGCAGACUUAGCUGUCCAGUCAACAGCCAUUAUGAGCUGUGUGGUACCGACUGUGGCCACACCUGUGCCAGCAGCGUUGAUGCCACCUGUGAGCAGGUUUGCUCUGAGGGAUGUUUCUGUGAUGAGGGGUUCGUCAGGAGUGGGACGAGGUGUGUCCCUGUGGAAAACUGUGGCUGCCAAUAUGACGGCUUCUACUAUGAUGCGGGUGAGUCCUUCUGGACCGACGGCUGCUCCGAGCGAUGUGAAUGUCAUGCUCCAAACGACCUGCGCUGCUCUGCUGCAUCUUGCACGCCUGCACAAGAGUGCACCAUCAGAAAUGGCCAGCUGGGCUGUUUCGAUGCAUUGUCCACUUGCACCGUGUGGGGGGAUCCACAUUACAACACCUUUGAUGGGGCACUGGCUCAUUUCCAGGGCACUUGCUCUUACACCAUCACUGAGAGUGUGGGCCACGGCACAAAUGAAACCCAGUUCCAGGUAGUGGCCACCAAUAAUCACCGUGGCAACAACCGUGUGUCAUUUGUAUCAACAGUGGAUAUAUUCCUCUCAAAUCAACCAGAGAGAGUGGAUAUCAGGAUUGGACCCAACAAAAGAGUAAAGGUAAAUGGAAGAGUGGUUUCUCUUCCAACCACCACAGGAGCUUUAGCUCACAUUGUGAGGCAGGGAAGCUACAUAGUGGUCAAUUCCACUGACCUGGUGGUCCAGUUUGACGGCACCAGUACAUUACUGGUCAGAAUCGGCCCAAAUCAUCAAAACAGAGUCACUGGGAUGUGUGGAAAUUUCAACAAUGAUCCUGCAGAUGAUAAAGUCUUGCCCAAUGGCACGCUGGCACAAAAUGACAAUGAGUUUGGACACAGCUGGAAGGCACCGACAAGCCAAUCAGGAUGUGGAUCCACAGAUGAUGAAAACGAUGAUGGAUUGAAUGACUGUGCUUUCAUGGAAGAAUACACUGAGCUGUGCAGCAUCAUCUCCAACACCAGUGGCCCGUUCAGAGCCUGUCACCUGCACUCUGACCCCCAACCGUUCUUCACUUCCUGUGUCUAUGAUCUCUGCCUCUACACUCCAGCCAAUGGCAUACUGUGUUCUGCCAUCUCAGCCUAUGAGAGUACUUGCUCGGUGUUGGGGUUGAACAUCCCAGAGUGGCGCCCGGCUUUGCAAUGUGCUGAGUCAGACCCCUGUGAACAGCAGGACUGCUCCGAGCAUGAGUGGUGCGGUGAGAUGGACGGAGUUUACGGCUGCGUGUGUGACGAACACCACCAACGGCCCAACAACGAGAGCUAUGACUCGUCCAUCACUUGCGUCAGUAGUUCAGCCAACAUGUCGCUGUCCCGCUGCCAGCUGUUUGAGGCCGGCUUCCAUCCUGAUUCCCUGCACCUGCGGGACGACUCCUGCAAUGGUUCUCUCCAGGACGGACGACUGGUGUUCCACUUCAAUAAUGAUGACCAGCUGUGUGGGACACUUCUCAGGAGCAAUGGGACACAUUUCAUCUAUGAGAACACCGUUCAAGGCGACGUCGACCCUCAUGAUGACCUCAUUAGCCGUGAGAAGAGCAUUCAGCUGCACUUCUCCUGUGAAUAUCCUCUGGCCCAGGCCCUGUCGAUGGAUGUUGGCAUCAACCCUAUGGAGAGCAUUGUGAACAAGAGGCUUCCAUUUGGCCAAGGUCUCUAUCACCUGAGGAUGAUCCCCUAUGAGGACGCUGACUUCCGCUUCCCGCUGACGAGAAGCCGAAAUCUAGAAAUGGAAAUCGAUCAGAGGUUGUACAUCGAGGUGCAGACGAUGGGAGUUGAUGAACGGCAGAUCUCCACCAUUCUGGACUCGUGCUGGGCGACGCCUUUCAAUGAUGCCAGCUACCCCGUCCGCUGGAAUCUCAUUAGUGAAGAGUGUCCUUAUGAAGAGGAUGGUACAGUGGAGCUGGUUCAGAACGGCAUCUCCACUGUCGCCCGUUUCUCCUUCAAGAUGUUCACCUUCACCAACUUUACAUCCAUCUACCUGCACUGCAAGGUCCAUCUCUGUCUCCUGAGACACAGCAACUGCACAGCUCAUUGCUACCCUGGUCUUCACACAAGAGUAGCAAGGGAUGUUUCUCACCAUGACAGCGCAGAGAUCUCAAUAGGACCACUCUUCCAAAAACAAGGUAACUAUGGAAUGAGACAGAGCAGUGCUGCAGGACAACUGACCUCCGUGGUGACUCUGCUCCUCUGUUUGCUGACUGCUAAAGCUCUGACUUAG